AUGGCCAAUUCAACCUCUGACGGCUGUUCUCUUACCGCCGACGAUGCCUUCGGACCAAUCGUCCAGCAUUGUCGCGACGGUUUCGAUUUCACCCUGACCUUGGAACAGUGCCUCUUCACCAUCCUCCCCGCCUCGCUCCUCAUCCUCAUUGCGCCCCUACGGUUCCGCUACCUAGGCAAACUCCCCUACGCCGUCAACGGCACCACCCUCCGUCUAACAAAACAGGCCGCCAUCGCCCUCCUCGCCAUCCUGCAACUGGUUCUCCUAGGUUUGUGGUCAGCGCACCGCCGCGGCGACGUCGUCGGCAACCGUCUGCGCGCAGUCUCCGUCGCCGCCUCGUGCGCGUCCUUUGCGGCCACCGUCAUGUUUGCCGGACUCUCGUACAUAGAACACGCGAAGAGCCUUAAGCCUUCGUCCAUCCUGAAUACAUAUAUCCUCGUGUCCCUGGUGCUGGACGGAGCUAUCCUCCGCACCAUGUGGCUGUCGCACCUAAGCGUCGCCAUCAGUGCCGUCUUCGCCGCGUCUUUCGCGUGCAAGACGGCCAUCGUGAUCCUCGAAGCCCAGGAGAAGACGCGCUAUCUCGUCUCGUCGUCGUCGUCGACGGCUGGCGGUGGCGGUCGGUCGUACAGCCCCGAGGAGACCAGCGGCAUCUACAGCCGCGGUCUCUUUUGGUGGCUUACGCCGCUGCUGCUGACGGGAUUCCGUCGUCUCCUGAAGUCUUUGGACCUAUUCGUCCUAGACGGGUGCAUGUCGGCUGCUGUGCUGAAUGAGAGGUUCUGGCUGCACUGGAACAAGUCCCCGUCCUUCUCGACGGGCGACCCGUCUAGUGAAGCGUCACGAUCGUCAAGGUACCGUCUCAUCAGGACGUGCAUCGUCACGCUGAAAUGGCAAUUGCUGGCAGUUGUCCUUCCCAGGCUCUUCCUGCUCGGCUUCACCAUUUGUCAGCCCCUGAUCUUGAACCGGUUCCUUGAGUUCCUGCAGAACCCUUCCGAGACGGUCAACUAUGGCUACGGCCUCAUUGGUGCCUAUGGCUUUGUCUACCUGGGCAUUUCCAUCUCGUCGAGCUUCUACUGGCACGCCGCUUUCCGGUGUCUGACUAUGCUCCGAGGCUUCUUGGUCGCUGCCAUCUACACCAAGACGACGGAGCUACGUGUCGCCCCGGGAGACGACUCUGCAGCUGUGACUCUCAUGUCGACUGAUGUUGACGCCAUCAUUCGUGCUUGGCGCGAAGUUCACGAGUUCUGGGCCAACACCAUUCAAAUCGCCCUCGCCACAUGGAUUCUCAGCACUCACCUCGGCUACGCAGCCAGUGGUCCGAUCAUUGUGUCGGUAUUCGCGCUGGGCGCCACCGUAUUCCUUGCUCCCUCUGCUCAGAAGUGCCAGAUCUUCUGGGUUGAAAAGGUUCAGAAACGCAUUGGCAUCACCUCGGCCAUGAUAGGCCACAUCAAGAGCAUCAAAAUGUCGGGCCUAACUCAGAAACUCUCCCGGACUCUGGCCGACCUCCGGCUCGUCGAGAUGAGGGCGGCGACUCCCUUUCGCGUGAUCGGCGCCGUCACUUCCGCCGUCGCCCAGGUACCCCUUAUGAUCGCCCCCGUCGUGGCCUUUGCCAUGUACACGACAAUUGCAUCCAAGAACGGUCAAGUACUCGACGCCACGAAGCUCUUCGCCGCCCUGUCGUUGAUCAUCCUGCUGGCCCAGCCGCUCUUUUGGAUGUUCGAGGUCGUUCUUGACAUGAGCGCAGCUUUGGGAUGCUUCAACCGCAUCGAAAAGUACUUGUCUGAGCCGCCGCGAGCAGAGUAUCGAGAUCUCCCAUCAGGCUCACCUGCUAGCUCAUCUGAACGGACGGGCUCCCACUCUCAAGAUGUGCAACUCCAGAAUCUGGAGAGCAGCAAGGGGCAGAUUUCACCAGAUACGAAGUUCAGUGGCCCUAUCGCUAUUCGCGUGAAAGCGACGCUGGCAUGGAAGCCCGAGGCAGUUCCCGCAGUUGAUUUAAUGGACUUCAGCAUCUCUCGAGGCCAGCUCGUCAUGCUCGUGGGGCCAGUUGCAUCCGGGAAGAGUACGCUUCUGAAAGGUCUCCUUGGUGAGCUCCCACACGUCACCGGGACGGUUGCCCUAUCCAGCGAUCGCGUCUCUUGGUGUGAGCAGAGUCCCUGGCUCAUUAACGAGACUGUCCGAAAGAACAUCAUCUGCUUCUCCGACUUUGACCAGAAACUCUAUCAACAAGUUCUCAAUGCAUGCGAUCUUGAGAAGGAACUCGCUCAGCUGCCAGAUGGAGAUGAAUCAUUGAUCGGAAGCAAGGGCAUUGCUCUUAGUGGCGGCCAGAAGCAGCGUGUCGCACUUGCCAGAGCCAUCUAUUCCCGCCCUCAGAUUGCUCUGUUUGACGACAUCUUUAGCGGCUUAGAUAACCAUACAGCUAGGACAGUGUUCCAGCGCGUCUUUGGUGCCAAGACUGGCAUCUUUCGGACCUGGGGGACUACAAUCAUUCUCGCGACUCAGUCAGUGAGCUUUCUUUCUCAGUCAGACAUGAUCAUCGCCCUCGAGAGCGGCAAAAUAGCAGAGAAAGGAAGCUUUGGAGAUUGUCUACAUGCCAAGGGCUACGUCUCGAGUCUCAUCUCCUCCAACGCUGAGAAACAGGACGAGAGCAGCCCCCAGCCAGAAGAGCCUGCGGGCAGGACCACAAGUGACGACCCUAUAGAGAAGAGGGCCAAGACAGUAAAACAGCAAGACGACAAAAGACGGCAGCUGGGCGACUGGAGCGUCUACGGCUACUACUUUGGUAGCGUCGGCGCCUCCCUCGUGGCCGUCUUGAUGGUCUUGGAGGUGACAUGGGCGUUCUUCUCGACUUUUCCGACCGUGUGGUUGAAGUUCUGGACAGACUCCCAGGCGGAGAGUCUCGCGAGCCAUGAUGCCUACUACCUCGGAGUAUAUGCCGCUUUCCAGGUUAGCGGCGUCUUGUGCUUUGCCGUCCUCAUCUGGUUUGUUCUUGUUCCAGUGGCUUCAAAAUCGGGCAUCAGUCUACACCAGCGUCUCCUCAAAGCCGUCAUGCACGCGCCCCUAUCUCUGUUCACGAAAACAGAUACUGGAUCCAUCACCACCCGGUUUUCACAAGACGUCGGUCUAAUAGACAGAAGCCUUCCUCUAGCUCUGGUCAUAUCUCUCGCAAGCUUCUUCACCUGCAUCGGCAAAGCCUUCCUCAUAGCCUCAGCCUCCUGGUACAUCGCCAUUAGCUUCCCCGUCCUGAUCCUAGUCUUCUACUACAUCCAACGCGCCUACCUCCGCACCUCCCGCCAACUCCGCCUCCUAGACCUCGAAGAGAAGGCUCCCGUCUACACCCACUUCCUCGAAACCCUCUCAGGCCUCCCAACCCUCCGCGCCCAAGCCCUCACAACCCCCUCCAUAACCCACGCCCACGCCCUCAUAGACCGCUCCCAACGCCCCUUUUACAUCCUCCUCCUCACCCAGCAAUGGCUCACCCUCGUCCUCGACCUCACCACCACGGCGCUCGCCCUCCUCGUCGUCGGCCUCGCCGUCCGCCUUCGCGACACGGUCUCCGUCGCCCUCACCGGCGUCUCCCUCGUCCAGCUCAUCUCCUUCACCGAGACGCUCAAGAUGCUCAUCCAAUUCUGGACCUCGCUCGAGACCUCCAUCGGCGCGGUGGCGCGCAUCAAGAACUUUGCUGAGGAAACGCCUGAUGAGGUUGAGGCGGAUGCUCUCAAGAGGGAGGCCCUGAUGAUUCAGUCUGCUGCCGGCGGGCAAACGCAGAAGGCUCCAGAGACUGCGAUCGUCCAGGGCUGGCCCUCCCGCGGUGCCAUCGAGCUACACGACGUCGUAGCUUCGUACGAUCAGACUCAUCCAGACACCGACACCGAGAGCCAUCCUGCGGCCACCGCGAAAGCUCUAGACGGCAUAACCCUCUCCCUCCCCCCCGCCUCCAAAACAGGCAUCGUAGGCCGCACAGGAAGCGGCAAAUCCUCCCUCCUCCUCGCCCUCCUGCGCCUCCUACCCCUCUCCUCGGGCACAAUCUCCAUCGACGGUAUUCCCAUCGACGCUCUCCCGCUCCUGCCGUUACGAUCGGCCCUCGUCGCGAUAACACAGGACCAGUUCGUGUUGCCCGGGACGGUCCGCCAGAAUCUCGAUCCGCUGGGCUUGGUGUCUGAUGCGGAAGCUGAUGCCGAUGCUAACAAUACUGUCCUUGUUUCCGUCUUGACCCGCGUCGGGCUGUGGGAUACCAUCCGCGACAACGGCGGACUGGAAGCUCAGUUCGCGGAGGAAGCGCUGAGUCACGGACAAAGACAGCUUUUCUUCCUCGCGAGGGCGAUUCUCAGGAAAGAUGUCGGACGAGUUCUCCUCCUUGACGAGGCGACGAGCAGUGUUGACGCUCACACGGAGCGAAUGGUCAAGGAUCUCAUCCGCGAGGAAUUCAAGCACCACACAAUCAUCGCCAUCGCUCAUAGGUUGGACACGGUCAUCGACUUUGAUCGCGUCGUGGUCCUCGAUAAAGGCCGCGUCGUCGAGGUCGGGAAUCCUCGGGAGCUGUUGGACCAGAGGCAGGGCAGGUUCAGAGAACUUUGGGAUGCGAGCCGGCAGGCUGGCGGACAGGAUGCGUGA